UAUAAAGAUUCCAUGUAUCCUUUACUCAGUCUCCUCUGCCCCCACUAACAUCUUGCAAAAAUGUAGUAAAGCAUACACCAGGAUACUGACACAGUCAGGGUAUUGCGCAUGUCCACCUUCACAAGAAUCCAGACUUUCCCUUUCACAGCCACAUCCACUUCCCUCCAGCACCUCCGCUUGACUCUUGGCAACCAUUAUUUUCCUUUUUUGUGAAGUCUUUGCUUUUAUAAAGACCCUGCUUUAGUGGUGGCUCGCGGCUGGAGUCUCAGCUACACUUCAGGCAGGGCCCGAAGAUCGCUCGUGCCCAGGAGUUCGAGACUACCCUAUGCAAUAUAGCGAGACCCUUUCUUUUUUCUUUCUUUUUUUUUUUUAAGGUCCUGCUUUGUCACAACCAGAAGGACACAGAGCCCAAAGUUAGGUCAUGAGGCUUUGGCCUUGACACCAAGGGAUGCUCCCUGCCGGAAGCAGCUCACCAAAGCCGGCAGAGAACCCAGGUUCCGUGGGGCCACGAUGUGGGGCUCCGCGGGCGCCCCGGCGCUGGCCGACUUCCUGUCUCCUGGGUCAGAUGCUGCUCCGCACUGCAGCUAUGGUCGCAUGCAGUGCCUGCCGAAGCCCGCAGCAGGAAUGCUGCCUUCGGUGAUUUUAAUUUCACUUUUUUAAUUCUCUCAAUAACACAAUCCGCGUUUCAAACUCCAGGGAAAAGAAAACGGAAUUGGCUCCAGGAGGAUCUGCAAUCACCAUCGGGAACUUUGGGAGGCUGGGAAGAUGGAGCCAAACCAGUGUGUGGGGUGGAGGUGCGGACCUGGGGCGGCCGGCCUCUCCUACAGGUCUCAGGUCCGCAGGCCUGGCGUGCCAGCACCUGCCACGGGACUGGAAGCCCAUUCCUUGACAACGCCUAAGGGGAUCCCGUUGCUAGGGCUGUUGCCAAGGCGGGGCCACGAGGAGGGGCUCACUUCCGGGAGGACAGCAAUUGGCAACCCGGAAGCGGUCGGCAGUGCGGCGCUGUUUAAAGAUGGCGGCGGAGGAACCUCAGCAGCAGAAGCAGGAGCCGCUGGGCAGCGACUCCGAAGGUGUUAACUGUCUGGCCUAUGAUGAAGCCAUCAUGGCUCAGCAGGACCGAAUUCAGCAAGAGAUUGCUGUGCAGAACCCUCUGGUGUCAGAGCGGCUGGAGCUCUCGGUCCUAUACAAGGAGUAUGCUGAAGAUGACAACAUCUAUCAACAGAAGAUCAAGGACCUCCACAAAAAGUACUCGUAUAUCCGCAAGACCAGGCCUGAUGGCAACUGUUUCUAUCGGGCUUUCGGAUUCUCCCACUUGGAGGCGCUGCUGGAUGACAGCAAGGAGUUGCAGCGGUUCAAGGCUGUGUCUGCCAAGAGCAAGGAGGACCUGGUGUCCCAGGGCUUCACUGAAUUCACAAUUGAGGAUUUCCACAACACGUUCAUGGACCUGAUUGAGCAGGUGGAGAAGCAGACCUCUGUCGCCGACCUGCUGGCCUCCUUCAAUGACCAGAGCACCUCCGACUACCUUGUGGUCUACUUGCGGCUGCUCACCUCGGGCUACCUGCAGCGCGAGAGCAAGUUCUUCGAGCAUUUCAUCGAGGGUGGGCGGACUGUCAAGGAGUUCUGCCAGCAGGUGCCAUCCCCCUCCCCUUUACUCUCAGCCGGGGGAGUGCAGUGGGUCCACAGGGCCUGGGGCGGGGUGCGGAGACCGGGGCCUGACCCGCACCUGUGCCACAGGAGGUGGAGCCCAUGUGCAAGGAGAGCGACCACAUCCACAUCAUCGCGCUGGCCCAGGCCCUCAGCGUGUCCAUCCAGGUGGAGUACAUGGACCGCGGCGAGGGCGGCACCACCAAUCCGCACAUCUUCCCUGAGGGCUCCGAGCCCAAGGUCUACCUUCUCUACCGGCCUGGACACUACGAUAUCCUCUACAAAUAGGGCUGGCCCCGGCCCGCUGCUGCCCUGCUGCCCCCCUCUGCCAGGCGCUAGACAUGUACAGAGGUUUUUCUGUGGUUGUAAAUGGUCCUAUUUCACCCCCUUCUUCCUGUCACAUGACCCCCCCAUGUUUUAUUAAAGGGGGUGCUGGUGGUGAGCCGUGUGUGCGUGUCCCUGCUCUGCUGCCCGCCUGGCUGCUCUGUCUGCUGCCCCCUCCUCCCAGGUGGGUCCCCCUGCUUUUCACCUAUCCACCCCUGAGCUUCCCCAACAGGAGUAGGUUUGAGGGGCCAGGCCUCUUGGAGGCCCCUCCUGCUUCCUCUGCUUCCUUCCCUGAGGCCCCCCCUUCCCUUCUUAGCUGGCUCAGGGGCUUCUAUGGGAUCCUGGAAGUUCCUUGGGGACUUGCCCAGGGUCCCAGGGCCACCCACACUGCAUCUGCUCCCUCAUAGGCCCCACCUCCACGUCCUGGCUGGGCUCCAGACCCCAGCUUCCUGCCCUCCACCAGGGGUCUGCAUGGUUGGGAGUCCUGGGCGGAGGGGGCCUUUGUGAGGCUGGACCCGGCUCAGGGCAGGUGGAGGAGCUGGGCCUCCCACAGGGUGCCCCGGCAGUGCCAUCCUGGUGGGGAGAGGGCAGCCUUCAAACGUGUGGGGUCCACAGUCCUCAGGUCUAGGCGGGGCUGCCGGUUCACCUCCCCAUCCGCCCCAGGCCCCCUGCCUGUGCCUGCCUUGCACCCCCUCUGCUUGGGCCAUGGUGUCUGCAUUGCCUGCCUUUUUGCCUUCACCUCUUUUCUUCCCCGCCCCCUGCACAUUCGGGGUCUCAGCCCCCAGGCUGUGAGCUCCUUGUGGGCAGGCCCUCAAUAAAUGUGAACUGCUGCUGCCG